AAAUCCAGCCUGGCAGGAAAGCCCGAGGUCGGGGCGAACAGGGCCGCGCGCCCUAGGUGGUUUAACUUCGUAAGGAAAGACUCCGCAGGCCGGCUCUUUAGUGCGCAGCUUGCCCGCCUGCGGGUUACUGGGUUUUCUGACCCCUGACUCGAGGUAGGGGUUAUGGGGAUGUGGGGAUGCCGACUUCGUCCCCGGCUGUUUUGGGAGUUGGCGGCGAGUCAACUGCACAUGCGGACACUGCGCAUGCGCGAGCCGAAAGCUUCCGCCCGGGGCGGAAGGGGCGGACCCGGGAGACUGAGGACUUCGGUUGCUUAAGGACACCAGGCGGGCGCGACGGCCUUCAGCCUCUCCCUCUGCAGUUUUGGCCCGUUCCUUUAACUUGCGUUCAUUUGGGGCUGUUUGGUGUUUUCACGUGCCUUGGGCCCGCCCACUGCAGCCGCCAUCUUGGAAGCGGCCGCCGGCGCCUAGAUCGAGCAUUUCCACAGAAAUACCGUUUUGUCCUUUUUGAAAAAACAGAACUGUGUUUCAGAAAAAAGAAACUACAGUUUUAGCAUGCAGAAAGGAAAAGGGAGAACAAGCCGGAUCAGAAGACGAAAACUCUGCAGAAGUUCUGAAUCAAGAGGAGUGAAUGAGAGCCACAAGUCUGAAUUUAUAGAGCUGAGGAAGUGGCUGAAAGCUAGGAAGUUUCAAGAUUCAAACUUAGCGCCUGCUUGUUUUCCAGGUACAGGAAGAGGGCUGAUGAGUCAAACAUCCCUGCAGGAGGGACAGAUGAUUAUUUCAUUGCCUGAGAGUUGCCUGCUCACCACGGACACAGUGAUUCGAAGCUACUUAGGGGCAUACAUUACUAAGUGGAAGCCUCCUCCAUCUCCUCUGCUGGCGCUGUGCACCUUUUUAGUUUCAGAAAAGCAUGCUGGGGACCGAUCUCUUUGGAAGCCUUACCUGGAGAUUUUACCCAAGGCCUAUACCUGCCCUGUUUGUUUGGAGCCAGAAGUGGUGAACCUUCUUCCCAAAUCUUUAAAAGCGAAGGCUGAAGAGCAGAGAGCCCACGUGCAGGAGUUCUUUGCUUCCUCCAGAGACUUUUUCUCUUCUCUGCAGCCUCUGUUUGCGGAGGCUGUUGACAGCAUCUUCAGCUACAGUGCCCUGCUGUGGGCUUGGUGCACCGUCAACACCAGAGCCGUGUACCUGAGGCCCAGGCAGCGGGAAUGCCUUUCUGCAGAGCCGGACACCUGUGCGCUCGCUCCGUACCUGGACCUGCUGAAUCAUAGCCCACAUGUCCAGGUAAAAGCAGCAUUUAAUGAAGAAACUCACUCUUAUGAAAUUAGAACGACUUCGCGUUGGAGAAAGCAUGAAGAGGUAUUCAUCUGUUACGGCCCUCACGAUAAUCAGCGGCUAUUCUUGGAAUACGGAUUUGUUUCCGUCCGUAAUCCUCAUGCUUGUGUUUAUGUCUCAAGAGAAAUACUUGUUAAAUAUCUUCCAUCAACAGAUAAACAGAUGGACAAAAAGAUUUCUAUUUUAAAGGAUCAUGGUUAUAUAGAAAAUUUGACAUUCGGAUGGGAUGGACCAUCUUGGAGGCUACUCACAGCCCUUAAGUUGUUAUGUCUGGAAGCUGAAAAAUUUACAUGCUGGAAGAAAGUACUUCUUGGGGAGGUAAUUUCAGAUACGAAUGAGAAGACAAGUUUGGACAUAGCCCAGAAAAUAUGCUAUUAUUUCAUAGAAGAGACUAAUGCUGUGCUUCAAAAGAUGGAGUUUCACUCUUGCUGCCCAGGCUGGAGUGCAAUGACACGAUCUUGGCUCACUGCAACCUCCACCUCCCAGGUGUCUCAUAUGAAGGAUGAAAAAGAGGCCCUGAUAAACCAACUCAGUUUGGUGGAAUCCUUGUGGACAGAAGAGCUAAAGAUUCUCAGGGCAUCUGCCGAGACCCUGCACAGUUUGCAAACAGCUUCUACCUGAUUUCACCAAAGCGCGUUUGGUCACCUCCUCUGAAACAGAAGUUAAUUUGAAGAGCGUCAUUGUGGGCUGGUGUGGUGGCUGCCCCCAGGACACGCAGGAUUUCUGCAGGGGGCAGCACAGGUUCUGGGACUGUGAGGCUGUGAGUGAAGGUGGACAAGCUGUCUGGAUGGCACGUCUAAUACUCUUUUGAAUAAAGUGCUGAACUGUGAGGAGAGAGGCGGACUGUGAGGCAGCCAGGAGCCAGCUGCAUCCGUGUGUGGUCUGUCACCACGGGGCCUGCUUCUUAUCUGACACAGCAGCUAUCAGAGUCUAGUGGUUGUGCUUUUAAGAUGCUCUGAUACCAUUGGGUUAAGGGGCAGAUUGGCGGUGGGUGUGGGGCAGUGUGAGGUAGUCCUAGGUCCCCAUCAGGGUGGCCCAGCCGCCAGCCCUUCCCUGUGUGGCUGCACUGAGGUGGGUGUUGAAGAGCCCCCUAGGGGACACACGGCUUCCGGGAGGAGGGAAUGUCCUCUAAGCAUGCUCCUGGCCUCUCAAGGUGGCGCUUGUUUAAUUAUUCACCUGGGAAGAAUGACUGGCUCAGCCAGCGGCUCUUUCCGCUUUGUUCUGGCGACUUUCCUGGGCAGGCCUUUCCACCUGGGGAGCUGGCUCGUCCUGCACAGCUGGGCCGUGGUGGGCCUGUCUGCUUGAUUCUGGGGUUCAGUGCAGGUCAGCUGAUGGCAAACCACGGUGGUGGUUUGGCCUCUGUUCUUAUUCUUGAGUUUUGAUACUGCUCAGACCCUGGGUAGGGAGAAGGGGACGCUUCCUGCACAGCUCUCAGUGGCCUGUGGCCUUGGGACUGCCUGCAUAAGUAACGGAGGGGCUUCUGGUCCCGUUCAGGCCCGUGCCGGGGACGCCACUUAGACAGUGUUGCCCAGAGUCCUGUUUACCCUCCCAUGGUUCAUUCUUCCCAAGAACUCAAAUUCCUUCCUCAUUGGAGCCUAGCGAAACCAAAUGAAUGGGGCCUGCUGGCCUGAGGAGGCAGGCAGAGUUUAAAAUAAAACUUUCUCAUGAUUUCUUGAACAUCUUUCCCUGUUUGUAUAUACAGUUUGUGUUUAUUUUUCAAUAGUUGCAGUAUAUUUCUUUUUUUCAAUAUUCAGUAUAAUGCAGUGUAUUUCAUCAUAUGCUGUAUGGAGAGUGGGCAGACUUCUGUGGAGGGCCCGAUAGUAACCAUUUGAAGCUUUCUGGACCUGUGGUCUUAGUCCCAGCGAUUCUGCAGAGCGGCCAUCGGCAGCAUGUCAACCAUUUGCAAGGCUGGGCUCCAGGGAAACUAUUGACAACGACAGGUGGCGGGCCGUAGUUUCCUGACCCCUCUGCUAUGCCAGAAUUUUUUUUUCCUCUUCCCUAUGAGUGGACGUAAAUAUGUUAAUUACAUGACACCUUUCAAAACGGCAGCCCCUUGAGCAUUAAACACCUCGCAGACCCCGCA